AUGGAGGAAGCGCUGCUGCAGCUGCAGCUGGCCUUCGAGGAGGAGAUUCGGCGGCAGGUGGCCCUGGCGGUGCAGAGCUACGAGGAUCGCGUGGCGGGCUUGCAGCAGGAAAUCCUGCAGUACAAGGAGGAGAAUUCGGGCCUGCGGACCAGGAUAGAACUGGCCACCAAGCAGUUGGAGGAGAUCACCGAGCAGAAGGAGGCCGCGAAGCCUGAGAGUGCGGAGGCGGCGGAGGAGGAGAAAGAGACGGAGAGCAAAGAGCCCGAGCACUCCCCAGGUUCAAAGAAUGCCAUGCAGGCCAUGCGAAACGACCAAUCUUUUCCCGGGCUCCAAAAGGCUGUGCCUGGACACACCUGGAGUCGUGUUCAGCCGCCCGGACCCGGGCCGGCCGAGAUGCCGGGGGACGAAAGAGAUGCAGCCAAAGACGCUGCUCUUUCGCCGGAGUGGAGAGCGGCCACCUGGGGUGAGAAGGCUCCGAAGGAAGUGAAGAAGUGGUUCCGGGCGAACGUUGACAUCUAUUUGCGGCCGCAGCCCAAAAUGGAUGCCCGCUGGUACCGGCAGGCGGUUCGCAGAGGUGAGUGGUUUGAAGUGGACGGUGUGCAGCAAGACAACCGCAUCCAAAUGCUCCGUCUCAAAGACGGUCGGGGCUGGGUGCCGAAUACCAAGCAGAAGGGCUGGCCGCUCUGCGUGGAGUUCUCGGAGCGCGAGGAGUCCCGAGAGCGCGAGGCAUGGCCACAGGAGACGAGGGCCAGUCGACAGAAGGAAUGCUGGACGGCUGAGGAGUGGCAGGAGUGGAAGGCAAAGGAGAGGCAGUGGAAGGCAAAGGAGAAGGGACCUUUCGACGACUCCCUGGAGGCCACCUGGAAGACGAUCGAGCGCACGGGAAAGGAUUGGUCUGCGCCCGUCACGGACGUCCGCCCCGACCUGCCAUCCCUCGAGGGCCUGGUGAAGAACAAGAUCUACGUUGCCAACGUGCAGAUCCGGGUGCGCGAGAGCCGGCAGUACGGGGCACCCGGCGACAAGAUGCUGCAGCCGGGGGAAGUCUUCGAAGUGGACGCCUCGACGGUGGACGGCAGCGUGAAGAUGCUGCGGCGGGAAGAAGGGGGCUGGGUGCCGCUCGUGGAGCCGAACGGCGAGCCAGUUUGCAGAGAGUGCGAGCCAAAAGAGCUUGAGCGCAAGGAGGCCAAAAGCAUUGGCCCGACCGCUGGCGUGACGGGAACGCGACGGAUGGCGUGA